UCAAUAUACAUAACAAGUAGAUAGACUAUAUUCAUUCUGGAACAAUUGGAUUUUUAUACAUUUAAAAAACGUCUUAAAAUUAGCUUAAAAAUUAGCUUAUUUUAACAUUUUUUCCUUCCAAAUUUCAUUACUUUUUGUAUACAAAUUUCAUUGAUAUUUUACUUUUAUAUAAAAUUACAUACAUUUCUCGAUAUAAAUUUAUAUAAAUAAAUUGCAAACAAACAACACCAAUUUCCGUUUUUUUUAAAUAUGUACAAUAUACAUAAAUUAUAUAUAUAUAAUAUAUAUAUAUAUAUAAAUUGCUUUUGUUUUCAAAAAUUAUAUAGCUUGUUUACAGCACGACUUUAACUAUUUCGUUUAUAGAAUAGUGUCAUUAUUUCGUAAUAUCAAGCUUAUGACGUCAUUUUUAUAGUAUUUUCUGGAAUCUUCUAGAUUAGUACCCCGUAAUAUUGUGUCAUGUUUUUCGAGGUUAUAAAUAUAACCCACCGCUGAGUUUUUACUCAUUUGCGGGUAUACUGUAGUCGUCCUCAGUCGUCCAAAGUACUAUAACAGCGAAUUGAUACUGAAUCUUUAGACAGACAUGGUCUCAACUACACCCAACGGAUCAAUAACAACAAUUCAAGAAUACGUGGAAGAGAAGUGUGAUAUUUGUUGAUUAUUGGACAAAGAAAACACAGGUUUUAUCAAGUCUGUAUAAGCAAAUUUAAGGAAUAUAAGAAUUCAAAAACUAAAAAAUAAACCUGAUAAAUAAUAAAUAAUAAAUAAUGCACAAUCAAAUAUCAAUAAGAUAUAUUAAGAAUAAAGGUGUAAAUAUACAUAAUCCAAAAUGGUUUAAAUUUUUUCAAGAACAUAAUAAAUACUCAAACGAAAGUGAUAAUCAAAUAAAGCACUAUUUAAGAAAUUACAAAUUAUGCAUAAAGAAUGGGAAAAAUAUUAUAACUGAGGAACUAAAAUUGAAAGAACUGUAUAAAAUAUUAAGCAAGAAAAUAAAACAGUCUAUAUAUAUUGAAAAAAGAUUAGAAAUUAUUUUCGAACUAACUAAUGAGGAAAAAAAUUAUUGGUUGACUGGUAUUCCAUUUAAAUUCCAUGAAGACAUAAUAGUAUUAUCCAAUAAAAAACAAUCCAUUAAUAAAUACAAACCAGUAUAUUAUGAAGAUAAUUUUAAAAAUAGAUAUACCCAAUUCAAAAUUAAAAACGAAUAUGGAGCUAAAGAUUUAUCAAGUUUUAUGGAUGAUGUAAAGAAACCUGUGCUAUCACUUAUUAAAAAAUGGUUGACAAUACAUAAUGCCUUAAAAGUUAAUUUAUGUGUUAUUGGAAGCUAUGAAAAAGAUUGUACUAUGAAGAGUCCUGAAAUAGAAUCUAAAUACUUACAAACAACAAAUUAUGAAAUUUUUUUAGAAUCAAAUAUGGACGAAAUAUAUAAAAUAUGAAUGAUAAAAUAUUAUAUGAACAUGAACGUGUAUCUGAUAACUUAGCAGGCUCUAAUUGGGUAUUACAAUCAAUUGACAUCCUUAAUAUUGCUAUUAAUAAAUAUGAUCCUAUUAGAGGUAGUACAUAUAUCAGAACCCCAGAUAAGAUAGCUAAUAAGAAAUCAACUGUAAAUGUAAAAAAUGAAGACAAUAAAUGUUUUUUAUGGUCAAUUUUAGCUCAUUUAUACCCACCUGGAAAUAAUCCACAAAGAGUAUACCAAUAUGAAAAAUAUAAAAAUAUAUUUAAUGAAGUUAAAAUCGAAUAUCCGAUGGCAGUUUAUAAAAUACCUGGAUUUGUAGACAAUGUAAAUAAAAAAAACUUAAUUGAAGGAGGUCUAUCUAUUAAUGUAUAUCAUCAUGAUGAAUUUUACAAAAUCAAUCCAUUAACUGUAACCAAAAAUGAAAAAAGAGUGCAUAUUGACUUAUUACUAUUAAAGAAUGAAGAUAACACACAUUAUAUUUUAAUCAAGAAAUUAUGGAGUUUAAUUAGAAAUCAAAUUACAAAAGAUCAUAAAAAAAGAUAUCUCUGUAGAAUGUGCUUAAAUAGCUUUCAAACUGAAUUAAAACUAUCAAAUCAUAAGAAUUAUUGUCAAUCAAAUAAAGUAGCAAGAAUUACUUUACCAUAUAAAAAUAAAAUUAUUAAAUUUAAAAAUUAUAACCAUAAAAUGAAAGUACCUUUUGUAAUUUAUGCAGAUUUUGAAAGCAUUAUAGCACAGAUAAACUAUAAAAAAGAAAAAUAUAGUACUAUUAAAAUUCAGAAACAUAUUGCAAUAAGUUUUGUUUACUUUAUUGUAUACGUCAAUAGUGAUAAUGAUUGGAAACAAUGCUCUUUAGAAUACUUUGGAGAAGAUUCUCCGGAAAUAAUAUAUAAAUAUUUAAAACAAGAUGCUAUACUUGCAUCUAAAAAAUAUUUGAAUAAAAUUAAGAAAAUUAAAGAACUGAAUGAAAUACAAAAAAAAGAAUAUGAUAAUGCAACAAUAUGCCAUAUUUGUGAAGAAAAAUUAUAUACUGAAGAUAAGGUUCGAGAUCAUGAUCAUUUAACGGGGUUAUAUAGAGGAGCUCUCAUAAUAGGAUAUGAUUCUCAUUUAUUAGUCAGAGAAUUAGGUAAUGAUACAGAUAAUAUAGACCUUUUACCAAAUAAUGAAGACAAUUAUAUUUCAUUUUCCAAAAAAAUACAGUAUUCUACAAAGAAUAUUGAACUUAGAUUUUUAGAUUCUUACAAAUUUUUAUCUAACUCACUUUCAGAAUUAGCCAAAAAUGUAAUUUUACUAGCUGAUAUAAUGGAGUAUUUCAGAGAAAAAUCAUUAAAAACAUAUGGACUAGAUCCUGCUUGGUAUUAUACUACUCCAGGAUUUGCCUGGGAUUGUGUAUGUAUUCUUGAAAUUUCGAAAGUUGUAAUGUAUGAUUUCUAUUAUAAAUUGAAAGAAAGAUAUGGAGAUAAAAUACGUUAUAAUUAUGGAGAUACCGAUUCAUUAAUAAUUACAGUAAAAACAGAAGACUUAUAUGAAGAUAUGAAAGAUAUGAUCAAUGAGUAUGAUACAUCUGGUUAUGAUAAAUAUAACGUUUAUGGAAUCCCUCAAGUUAAUAAAAAAGUAAUAGAGGAAUCAUCAUCUACAAAAAGUCACAAACCACCAUUCAAACCAACAUCUACAGAAAAGACAGCAUUACAAUUCAACAUCCCAAUCCAGCAUACACAAGAUCUCAAUCAAAAAUACACAACAUCUCAAUUCAACAUACACAACAUCUCAAUUUAA